AUGUCCCAACAACCAACUAGUAACAACAGCAUUUAUAAUGAACAACAAUGUGCUUCGAAUUCAUCAGCUGUACACAUGAAUAUGCAAAAUCAUCCCGGUCAACAAAUGUUACUACCUCAUUUUCAUUCAUCUCAAUCUCAAGCUGGUUUAUCAAAUAAUUUAUGUCCCAUUUCCAUCAGUAACUUUAAUAACAUGAAUCAUCAAUCCACGCCAAAUGCUCCAUAUAUUACCCCACUCUUCCACCAGCAACCUAUGCCACUGUUUAAUAAUCAACUUAAUCACCAGUUUAUGACAACGAAUUCGUACGCAACGUCAAACAAUAUGUUCAAUCAACCCCCAAGUACAGUUAAUCAACAAUUAGAUCAUCAAAUGCAAGUACAAAGUACGACUGUUCCGAUGGAAAAUGAAAAUGAUGAGAUGUUCGUAACUGUUGGUCGUAAAAAGAAGAAAGCAAAAACUGACCACGUACAACUUAGAACACCCUCAUCAACCACGUCAACAAGUUCCACUUCAUGUACUGAUGGUUCAACAUCAUCUACGAACACCAGUAGUGCAACAUCAAACGUUAUACCUUCUACUAUUCCUCAUCUUCAUCCUAAUAAAACAACAAACAAUAGACCCAACACCGGAAGUUACUUAAAUGAAAUUUCACAGCAAUCAAUUAGGUACGCGGAAACACGUUUUGCUUUUCCUCCCUUCGUGGUCAAAUUCAAUGAAAGUGUUGAGGAAAAGUUGAUGAUUAAUAAUAUUAUGGAACAUUUUACCGCCAUCUAUAAGUUUAACAUUACAUUGGCAGGUCAUCGAUUAAAGGAUAAACGAGAAUUAUUGUUAUUUGCUGAAAAUCGUGAAUCAUUCUUGAUGUUAUAUGAUACCAAUAAAUGGCCCGAUAUAAUAAAUUCAACGAUUUAUGAACUUAUUAAACCAAAUCAUCUUCCUCCUCAAUUCUCAGUUAUCCUUCGUAAUGUGCCAGUUGAAAAAGAUGUGAAUGUCUUACUUAAUGAAUUAAAAGAAGAAUAUCCAGAUAUUGUAAAUGCAUUUCGAUUAACAAAUAAAAGUAAAACUCCAACAUCAAUUGUUAGAUUAGAUAUUUGUUCGGUUGAAAUCAUCGAAGAAUUAUUACGUAAGAAAUUUGUAUACAAUAAUAAUCUUCGUUUAUCUGUAGCAGAAUAUUUGGCGCCUGCAAAAGUUCUUAUAUGCUCUAAAUGCUUUCAAAUUGGUCAUUUUAGAAGUACGUGCAAGAGCAGACUUGAAUUCUGCAAAAUUUGUGGUGUUGGCGUUGAUGAUCUUAAACAACAUAAAAAUUGUACUAAACCACGAUGUUGUGUUAGGUGUUCAGGUGAUCAUGAAUCCAAUGAUUAUCGUUGUCCAGAGGUAAAAUCAUUUCGUUCUUUACUUACUAAAUCUUUAUUAUCAGCACCGGGUACAAUUAAUAACAUUAAGAAAAAUUCAUCAACAACCAAUACAACAAAUUAUUGUGUAAACGAUCAAGAUUUUCCCGUAUUAAAUGGUAAUCGUGGAUGUUAUCAUCGUGGUAAUGAAUCAUCUAUUAGUAUGGGCAAACGCAUUGAUGAUUUAUUUCAAAAAUUGAAUAAAGUGGAGGAAAAUUUUAAUAGAAUUUUGGAACUAAAUAAUAACUCCUUGAACCAAUUAUGUCGAACUCAACAAGUACUGGUCAAGCUGGAUCAUGAAACUCAAGUACAAAAACUCGAUGUUAAAUUUCAUCAUGAAUUUAUGAACGAAUUUGUAUCACCACUCUGCCAGGUACUUGUUGAAGUAUUACCAAUUCUCGUGAAGCAAAAUGUUAUACAAGAUAAAACCCUAUUAUGUUCAUCAUUAACUGGUCUUACGGAUAAACUUGCAAAUGAACUUCCGACGUGGUCGACUAGAUAUGCUCAAAACGAACACUUGAAAAUCAAGCUAAUUAAUGAUUUCAACCUUAUUAAUAAUGACGUACGUACUGAUCCAUCAAUUAACAACAAUGUACAUCAUCCUUCACAUACACAAUAA